CGCACCUCAAGGAGGUUAUGCGCCUGGAGCGCUGUCAAUGCCCGAGGUACAUUAUGAGGGUUUCGAGAACUCACCGUAUGAAGUGGAGAGCGCGGCAGAUGAAUAUGCACCACCCGGGACAGAUACGGAGCCAGUGCAACCAAUUUUCGAACUAGGCCAAGUACAAUACACCCUCCCCGCACGGCUGCUGUCCCUCGUCGUAUCUUCAGAUGUUCUUGUCAUGGGUCUCGCAAAUAACACUCUGGUGCUAAUAGAGCUUUCGCGGGACGAUCAAGUGGUACAAAUCCAAAUCCCCCGGAAGCAGAAUGAGUUCAGCAUCCAUAAACACUUCCUGGAUCCCUCCGGCAGGCACCUCAUCAUUACGUCCGUGCAAGGCGAAAACUGGUACCUUUACCGUGGAUGGAAGAAGCCGCGACAGCUCAAGAGCUUCAAAAUGGUCAUUGAAAGCAUCGCGUGGAACAAGUCCGCGCUGCUGAGCUCAACGCAUUCGACCUCCACCCGUGAGAUCCUAAUUGGGGCUCGCAACGGGACAAUAUACGAGGCCGUCUUGGAUGCGCAGGACGACUUCUUCAAGUCUCAAGAGCGGUACCUUCAGGCUGUCUUCACGCUUCCUGAGAGGCACCCUGUCACCGGCAUCAGCUUCGACUUCUUUCCGCCCAUGGACCAGCGAAAAGCGCUGAUACUGGUCACCACUGCUACACGAAUAUAUCAGUUUGUUGGCAUGCCGGAAAGACGGUCUGAUGAGGGUGGCCGCUUAUUCUCUAGGCUAUUCGCCCAGUACAGCGAGAAUGCACCAAACAUUAAGGAGCUCGCUGGUGACACGGAGCAUUCUGAACUACACCUAUUGAACCCUAAAGCCGACCAAGCCCUGUCAUUGCCGCGUACUCUCGCGUGGAUGACUUCUAACGGGGUCUUCCACGGCUCCCUCAACUUCGAGUCAUCCUCGGACGACUUCAUUGACGGUGCACAGCUGCUUCCUUAUCCUCAGCUUUCCGGCUCUCCUGCGCGCGCGGGACCUCCAGAGGUGCCGCUGUCGAUGGCCUUCACCGAGUUCCACUUUGUCCUGUUAUAUAAGGAUCGCGUGCUCGGUGUCUCAGCGCUGAACGAGCAGUUAACGUACGAAGACAUCCUCCCAUUGAAAGCCAACGAAGUGGUAAUGGGUAUCACUGUCGACCAAAUACGCAAGACGUACUGGAUCUAUACCGAUCAGGCUAUAUACGAGCUUGGGAUAAAGAACGAGGACCGGGACGUCUGGAAACUCAAUCUAGAGAAAGGCAGAUACGACAUAGCUCUGCAAUAUGCCAAGACCGCAAAGCAACGAGAUGCCGUCAUGUGUUCCCAGGCAGACGCUUUUUUCGCAGGAGGCCGCUACUUGCAGGCUGCGCACGCAUAUGCGCAAUGUUCUGUCACAUUCGAAGAGGCAUCUUUGAGAUUUCUUGAUGUCGGAGAGCGAGAUGCUCUCCGGUCGUACUUAAUUUCGCGACUGGAGAGGACGAAGAAGACGGACUUAUCACAGCGGAUGAUGCUUGCUACAUGGCUAGUGGAGUUUUACCUCAGCAGGUGCAACGAACUAGACGAUCUGGUGGCGUCCGAGUCUAUUUCUCAAGAUGUUGCAAAUUUUCAGAUGGAGCGGACAAUUCUCGAAGAUGACCUUCGGCAAUUCUUUGAAACAUACAAGAACAACCUGGCACCAGCGGUUGUGUACGAGCUUAUCCAGGGACACGGGCGAACCGACUUUUAUCUCCACUACGCAACAGUUAUCGGUGACUACACGCGAGUAAUCGAGCAUUGGAUAAUGGAGGAAGAGUGGCUCAAGGCCAUUGAUGCUCUGAACCGACAGCCCGACCUCGGACUGUAUUAUCGCUUCGCGCCUACGCUAAUGCGACAGGUCCCUAAGGAGACAGUAGAUUCGUGGCUGCGUCGACGUGAUCUCGAUCCGCUUCGACUCGUCCCUGCGUUGCUCUGCCUCCAACAUAUGCCUCGAGAUCCCUUGUCUCCCAACCAAGCCGUGCGCUACCUCAACCAUCUCAUCUUCGAACAGGGCAAUACCUCUUCCGUCAUUCACAAUCUCAUCAUCACAUUCUACGCCGCGAAGCCGACAUUGGCCUCUGGUGAUAGUCAUUUACCAACCACAACCGUGGCGCCAGAAGACGACGGUCCAUUACUUCGUUUUCUGUCAUCCGCACCGUCAGAUCCUCUCACCCGCAAACCAUACUACGACCUGGACUACGCUCUACGCCUAUGCAAACAGACAAACCGCACACAGCCCUGCGUGCAUAUAUAUUCUCAGAUGGGCCUCUGGGAGAGCAGUGUUGAUCUGGCCCUUGAGAAGGACGACCUCGAGCUUGCCACAAUCAAUGCCGACAUGCCGCCAGAAGAGGAUCGUCAGCUGCGUAAGAGGUUAUGGCUGAAGAUUGCGAAGUACGUUGUGCAACAGAAGCAAGAUAUCAAGCUUGCCAUGCGCUUCCUCGACAAUACUGACCUGCUCAAGAUCGAGGACAUUCUACCGUUCUUCCCUGACUUUGUGGUCAUAGAUGAUUUCAAGGAGGAGAUCUGUACCGCUUUGGAGGGCUACUCUACGCACAUCGACUCAUUGAAGGCGGAAAUGGACGACGUCACCAAGAAUGCCGAAGCUAUCAAACGAGAUAUUACGGCUUUGGAGAAGCGGUUCAUCACCAUCGACGCGGGCGAGCGGUGUUCACAUUGCGAUCAGCCACUCCUUACUAGACAGUUCUACGUCUUUCCGUGCCAACACACCUUCCAUGCGGACUGCCUCAUCGGUCUUACGAAGGAAUACCUUCCGGCGCCGGCACUACGGAAGAUCCUGGCUUUACAGAACGAGCUCAUGAAGACUUCGAGCGAUCGCCUCAAUGCUCCGCGGCCACCAUCACACCAGCGCACGCUUCUGUCGGCUAACUUCGGUGUCCCUGCGCCCCCGCAAAAUGGAGUCCGACCAGGGAACUCUCUGGGCAAGAACCUGCUAUCGGCAGGAGACCGGCUGCGCGAUCUCAUCGUGCCAGAUGCACUUGUAAGCGUCGUCACUGCGCCCGUAGGAUGGAUCCCCGGUCUCGGCGGCGGCGGUCGACGCAACGCCGAAGACAAGGAGAAAAAUACAGAGAAGCUACGAAGGGAGCUCGAGGAUAUACUCGUGGGUAGCUGCCCCUUGUGCGAGAGCGUUGUGGCUGGUCUAGACAAGCCUUUUGUGAGAGAAGGGGAGCUCGAUACGAGCUGGGCACUGCAGUAGUCUCUCUGUUUGGAUUUGCUGAAACAUACCCAUCAUUGCAUCUACAUUAGUGAGUGGAGGAUACAUUAUGCAAACGAUGCAGUACUAGUAGCUGUUGCUAAAUCUCGGCCGUUGGAACGGUGUCCAGUGAGUGCGAAUGGGAUGAGGGCACAUGGUAGCUAGCGGUUGACAGAGUAUCACAGCCAGUAAGGAACUCGUGCCAAGUGUGCUCCGACGUAGGAUCCUCGCAUGUAAUCUCACAAGCAGUGGUCCUUUGACCACUCUCUAGAUCUAGUCUACUCUCGCUGACGACGUUAAGUGGCGCAUUCGAAUCUCCUUCCUGGCGCAUGAGUUGUUCGACGCUUUGCCGAACAGUAACGCUGGUGUGCAGAAUAUACGUUUCUCCAUCGGCCUGCAGGGUCAGAGGAGGAUCUGGCUGAGCGGUAACCUUGCCUGUGUUGUUCAAGAAUUUUGUUAGGGCGCUUAUGUAUUCUCUCAACUCCGCUGGCUGAGACUCUUCAGGCAGGGAUCCUGUUUCGAGCCCAGACAAGCGAAUGUCCAUAGCCCUGUCCGGCAUCAUCACGUUCAGCCGGCUCUCGGUUCCUUGUUGGCACCGAGGUUCAAUAGUCAAUGAAGUGAGAGCAUCGACGUGCUCGACGGCUUGCUUCGGUUGCGCCAGCAGCAUCUCAAACACGAUGAUCUUCCUGCGGAGUAAUUCGCUGACGUUGUCAGACGAACUGCUCGAGGGGAGAGCCUUGUAGAUUAGCCGAUGCACAAGCCUUUGCCUUUGCUCGGGCAAAGGUGAAUACACGAGCGAAGGAGGGAGCCCAGAUACGAAUGAUGAGCGGACAUCAUUGCUACGCUCGGAUACCCACUUAAGGACUUUUGCAAACGGAUGAGACCCUCGCAAAGGUGGCGUCAAAGUGGCAUGCUGCGCUUUUGCCCUGGUGUUGAAUAAUAUAUGACCGGUAGAUGCCUUGAUAGUCCUACGACGGCCAUGCACAGGCUCGGACGUAAAAAGUGCGUUUCGCAAAUCAAGUGGCUCGCCUGUGACGGUCAGAAGCAUUCCUUCGCCACCAGCGAGACCCCCAGUCCUCUCAAGAUCCUCUCUUUUAGACUGGCUAAGCCAUUCUCCGACUCGUCUAGUACGAAACGCGCCUGCAGUGUUCAUGUACCAUGGAAGCGCGCGAGGCGAGAGGAAUGGGUAUAGUGCGUAAGAGUAUGGCGACAUGACCUCGGGUAUUUCUGAGGCGAAAGGUAUAUCGGCAGGCAAAUACGACACCAGUGGCGUUUGGGAAACAGGAACCAUCUCGCCCGAUGCUCUACUGGCUAGUCUCUUAGCACUGCCCAGACUAUGUUUAUUUUUCGCACAUAUCCUGACGAGUCCUUUGUCACCUAUGUUUUCCAUAUAGGCGUUGGCAAGGCGAGAUAUCCGUUGGACCAAGUCAGGUCGUAUAGCGGUUCGUGUAGGAAGCUGCACGGUGUCUUCCACAAUAUUCUUAACUAAAGACUUCAGCUCCUCCUCCAGUCGUCGUAGGCGACCGCGUAUGCCUUCGAUGCGCAACGCUAGUGGUUGAGGAAUGAGGGAUAUGUGGACAUUAUACUUCAUGGACAGCCGCAACAAAUCGACACCAUCUUUGCCCAUGAUUACGAACAGUUGACUUGGAGUAACAGGGAACGACUCCGUUAAUACUUCCGUUCUGUCCCUUUUCUCCUUUUGAACCUCCACCAAACUCGGCCAACCCCAUCGUUCCUCAAUGAUAGCCUCGGCAUAGUCGAUUUUCUUCCGUGUUUGGCCCUUCCAGUUGUGGUUCAAUCCGCAUAGUUGAACGAACUUUUGGAGCUGCGCUUUACUGAAGGAGCGACACACAGUAUCAGCAAGCUCGUUGUACUUCUCGACGUAUGCGUCAGAUAGCUUGGCGGGAUAGCGUCGAGGGCGACAUUUGUCUAGGUCUUCGAGUGUGGGUUCGAGACCCUCGCUUUGCAGACGCGCGAGGUACCUGUCUACGCCAGUAGGUUCCAUUGGGUCCUUUGAGCUGGAGGACGCGUCUUCGCUCGUUGUUAUAUUGGCGGAUUUGAGCUUGCGCCUUCGAG